AUGAGAUCAAGGCAGCUGGUGUGUGGAAUCUGGAGUCUGUGUUUCACGUUCUGCCUCUUCUGCAUCUUUCUUCACCAAACCACAGCUAAAAGAAAACUGAAGUUCGUGUCCGUAGUGUUUCACCACGGCGAUCAUACCCCACAGGAGUUUUUUCCAACUGACAAGCACAAAGAAAUUGCAAGGCAGCAUGGAUACGGACAGCUUACCAAGUUUGGCAUACAGCAACAGUAUGAGCUUGGACAGUUUAUGCGGAGAAGAUAUUCCUAUUUCCUGAGCGUUGUUUACAAACGGUCUGAGAUUUAUGUUCAGAGCACUGACUGUGAUCAAACGCUUAUGAGUGCUCAGGCAACUCUUGCUGGGCUGUAUCCACCAACACAGGGACACAUUUGGAACCCCAGAAUCCUUUGGCAGCCGAUUCCAGUUCACACAGUGCCAUUGUCACAUGAUAAUCUGCUAUAUGUACCUUUCUCACACUGCCCAAAAUACAAUGAGCUUCUGAGAGAAACUUUUGCAACAAGAGAUUUCCAGAAGCAGCUCAAGCAGUACAGGGAUAUUAACAAUUACACUUUACCUGCUUGGGCUACUCAUGGUGUCAGGACCAAGCUGAUAAAGCUCUCAGAGUUGUUAUUGCAGGCGGAAUUUGGGUUCCACAAACAAAUACAGAAAUCACGUUUGCAGGGAGGUCUUCUUUUAAAAACUAUCCUAAAGCAUAUGUCAGAUGCUAGAAAGCCUUCACACCAUCAAAAAAUGAUUAUAUAUUCUGCGCAUGCAACCACUAUUGUUGCCUUACAGAUGGCACUCCAUGUUUUCAAUGGGAAAUUGCCUCCUUACAGUGCUUGUCAUUUCUUUGAACUCUACGAGGAAAAAAAUGGGCAAUACACCAUAGAAAUGUACUAUCGGAAUAAUACUUUGAGAGAUCCCCACCCUCUCACUCUCCCCGGCUGCAGUUUUCGUUGUCCACUAGAGAGAUUUACUCACUUGGUCUCCCCAGUCCUCAUACAACAUUGGACAAGAGAAUGUAGGAUAUAG